CUUAUCAAAAACUCCCCCCCACCGCGUGCACUCCCUCCUCCUCUACCAUUCAAACCCACCAAAAAAUCUCACACAUCACCUACCUAUCAACCAACCUACCAACCAACACACCACCACACCUUCAAUUCCAAAUAACCAACAAAGAUGCCCCCAUCACGCCCCAUAACCCUCAUCGUCGCAACGACCCCCAUCCCCACCGAAAGCAGCUCAAUCCGCCUCGGCAUCGGCCACUCCGGGACUCUCCCCUGGCCACGAAUCAAAACCGACAUGUCGUUCUUCGCGCGUGUCACCUCCCGGGCACCUACCCCGGGCACCACCAACGCCAUCAUAAUGGGUCGGAAGACGUACGACUCUGUGCCUGCGCAUCUCCGCCCGCUGGCCAAGCGCAUCAGUACUAUUAUAACACGGGAUGUGGAUUCUCUAACGGAGAGGGUUGGGAGAGAAGCUGAGAUUAGGCGGGAGAAGAUUGCUGCUGCUGCAUCUACAUCUGCUGGUGGUAAUGGGGGGAAUGCUGAGCAACCCGCAACGGAUGCGAUUGUGUGCGGGGGAUUACAUGAUGCGCUGCAGCAGCUGGAGACGAGGUAUGGAGAGGAAGGGAAGCUGGGGAAGGUGUUUGUGAUUGGGGGGGCGGAGAUAUAUGGGGCUGUUUUGGCUGCGGGAAAGGAUGUUUGGGGAGGGCCAGUGAGAAUUGUGAUGACGAAUGUGGAGAAGAAGGGGUAUGCGGAGGGGAAUAAGGGGGAGGUGUUUGAGUGUGAUACGUUAUUCCCCGUGGAUGAGGAGUUGUUUGGGGAGAAGGAGGGGUGGAGGAAGGUUAGUGCGGAGGAGGUUACGGAGUGGGUUGGGGAGGUGGUUACUGGGGAGUGGAUUGAGGAGGGGGAUGUUAGGGUGCAGAUGGUGGGUUAUGAACGUCAAUAGAAUAUUGAGUAUAACGGAAUUGAGUGGUAGAGUAGAGGCUAUGUGCGCGGGCGUACGCCGGUGUCUAUCACGGUACAGUUGAUAUGGUUAUGGCAAGGUAGUCUAUGUAUACGGCAGAUAUGUACAGUCUAGAUAACAACUAGCCGCCCUAAUAAUGCUGGUACAAUCACAUGCUCUCG